AUGUUCAACCGUAACAACCUCCCCUCGGUACCGAACCCUUUCAGCUCAAGGCAGGACGGUGCUGCUCGAGCUCCACCUAGAGACCCUUAUGCUUCGCAAGGUCAAGGUCCUGCACCUCCGCGCAGAAAUGAACAGGCAUAUCCACCACGUGGCAGAGGAGACUACGAUACUCGAAUGCACGAUGGUUAUGGAGCAAGCAGACAUUCACCAGCACCGCCCCAGUACGACGGUACCGGUUCACAAAGAGGCAUGACCUCUAGAUCCAGUGGUAUGAAGGGCAGGCAAGGAACUCCUGGAGCAACGUGGCAACUGAGACCUGCAAAGAGUCCAGACAAUACAUAUACGUUUCGAAAUCUUGUGGCUGUCUCGCCUAUGGAUAUACCACCUUCACGCGAUGGUAGUGAUAUUCUUCUACUCCUACAAAAUGCUUAUGUUGUGUCCGCUCGGCCUUAUGAUGGCUUUCCACCCGGUCAGAUAAGCUUGUCCGAUGCUCAGCGGACUUGGAUGGGUAUUGCCUUGACCGAUAUAGUCAGCGUGGAGAUGUACGACCCCUUCAGUAAUGGCGGCCAGGCCUACUUAGGAGCAAUGGACAUGGAGAUUGGAUUUGCAAGCCAGAAAAAGCAAGAGCAGAAGCCAUACGAUCAAGAUGAAUUGGCCAAAGUUGUUACCGGGCUCUUUGAGAAUCAAGUCUUUGCUCCUGGCCAGAGGCUUAUGAUGGAUCUCCGGAGUAUACCACUGUUACUAGUUGUGAAGACGGUACAGUUAAUGGAUCUUACGGAGAAGUCAUCGUCCGCUCCAACGACAUCUGACCCCACAGCUAGAGGGAUCGUUACUGCUCACACUGCCAUCAACUUUUACAAAGAUGCAAAGACGCCCAUUCAGCUCAAGGGUUCCACCCGGAGACCGGCUGCGAACUCAAUUGUUGCCCCUGAUUUCAAGUUCGAAAACAUGGGCAUUGGCGGUCUUGAUACAGAGUUCAGCACCAUUUUCCGAAGAGCAUUUGCCUCCCGCAUCUUUCCUCCUGGUUUGGUGGAAAAACUCGGCAUACAGCAUGUCAAAGGUAUCCUGCUCUUUGGUCCUCCUGGAACUGGAAAGACCUUGAUUGCGAGACAAAUUGGAAAAAUGUUGAAUGCUCGGGAGCCUAAAGUCAUUAAUGGACCUGAAGUGUUGAAUAAGUAUGUCGGUCAGUCCGAAGAGAAUAUUCGCAAGCUCUUCGCAGACGCAGAGAAGGAGUACAAGGAGAAGGGCGACGAGUCGGGACUACACAUUAUCAUCUUUGAUGAGCUUGAUGCCGUCUGCAAGCAGAGAGGUAGUGGUGCAGGUGGCGGAACUGGAGUAGGUGACAGUGUCGUCAAUCAGCUUCUCUCGAAAUUGGACGGUGUUGACCAGCUCAACAACAUUCUCCUUAUCGGUAUGACCAACCGUAUGGACAUGAUUGACGAUGCUCUUCUACGGCCAGGUCGUCUCGAGGUGCAUAUGGAGAUUUCUCUACCCGAUGAGCACGGCAGAUCACAGAUUCUCAAGAUUCACACCCAGAAGAUGCGGGAGAAUAACGUAAUGGAUCGCGACGUUGAUCUCGCAGAGCUUGCUCAUCUGACUAAGAACUUUUCUGGCGCUGAGAUCAACGGUCUGGUCAAGUCUGCAACCUCGUUCGCUUUCAACAGACACGUCAAGGUUGGCACCAUGGCUGGUAUCAGCGACGACAUCGACCAAAUGAAGGUGAACCGUCAAGAUUUCUUCAAUGCCCUUGAGGAAGUGAAGCCUGCUUUCGGCGUGUCAGAAGCCGAGCUUGAGAAGUGCUUGCAUGGUGGCAUCAUUCACUAUUCUCCAUUCAUCGACAACAUUCUUGCUGAAGGCCGGUUAUUUGUAGAGCAAGUACGGAAACCAGACUCAACGCCCUUGUUCUCUGUAUUACUGCAUGGACCACCUGCAAGUGGAAAAACUGCGCUUGCUGCCAAAAUCGCUAUAGACUCGGAAUAUCCAUUCAUCAAGCUUGUCAGUCCAGAAGACAUGGUUGGUUUCAACGAGAUGGCCAAGGUUCAGUACUUGAGCAAGGUGUUUAUGGAUGCAUACAAGAGUCCAAUGAGCAUUAUUGUUAUGGACAACAUCGAGCGGAUUGUUGACUGGGUACCAAUCGGUCCUCGAUUCAGCAACUCGGUUCUUCAAACCAUCAUGGUGCUACUAUCGAAGCAGCCUCCCAAAGGCCGGAGGCUUCUGAUUCUGGCCACGACGAACGAGCGUUCCGUCUUACAGCAGCUAGACAUCUUCAAUUCGUUCAAUUCUGACAUCCCGGUGCCGAACGUCAAUUCCUACGAGGAGUUGGCACACGUCAUGCAGAAAUCAGGAGCGUUCUCACCGCAGGACAUCCAAAGAUCUCUUGAGGAGAUCAGGGACAUUACGCAGAGCCAAGAAGUUGGUGUCGGCAUCAAGAGGAUAUUGCUUGGUAUCGAAACUGCCAAACAGGAUGCGGACAUGGCUAGUAGAUUCAGCGGUGUGAUUUCGAGGGCUGUUGCUGAACGCCAGUAUUCAUGA